CUACGUGCAUUUUUGAGCUGGAUAUGAGUUUGUGUGUGUUCUUGCGUGGUAUGUACGCCCCUCUUCACUUCCUCCUCCCACCUGUGGCUUUUUAUUCUACUCCUUGUUAGGUGUAAAUCAAUUGUUUCAUUUGAGUUGUUACCAUGAAAGGUUCAGACCAGAGCAAAUGAAGCAAAACACAAGAGAAGAAGACAGAGUUUUGAGCCCGACUCGAGACCGAAGAUGAUACAUUCAAAUCGGUCAGUGAUGUCUGUCUUCUGCUGCUGCUGCGUUGUUCAUACAAGAGAGUACAGUACAAGCAUGAACCUGGAAGGAAGUCCCUCUCUGUGUUUCCAGAGGAGGAACUAUCCUGGACAUGCACGACGGGCUCAGAUGGACAAGUCGAGGAAGAAGCUGCCCAUGCCUCCUCCAGAAGGGGACGACACUGAAGGCCAUGGGCUCAGGGUCGUGGCUAUGUACGACUUCACCGCCAAAGAAGACACAGACCUCACUAUCAAACAGGGAGAGGAGUACUUCAUUUUACACAAACAGGACCAGCUGUGGUGGAGAGCUCAGGACAAGCACGGAAACAAAGGCUUCAUUCCGAGUAACUACGUGACAGAGAAAAACAACAUUGAGGCCAAUGCAUGGUAUUGUAAAAACAUCAACAGGACUGAAGCCGAGCAGCUCCUCAGACAAGAGGGAAAAGAGGGCGGGUUUGUGGUCCGAGAGUCGAGCCAAAGAGGAGUCUACACCGUGUCUGUCUACAGUAAAACUUUAGGGGAGAGUGGAGGAGUGAAGCAUUAUCAGAUCAAACUCAGUGACACGGGACAGUUUUAUUUGGCUGAAAAACACACGUUUGACUCCAUUCCAGAAGUAAUCCACUACCACGAACACAACGCAGCAGGUCUGGUGACUCGGCUGCGUUACGCUCUGGGGCCGAUGGGGAGGUGUGUCCCGGCCACUGCAGGGUUCAGCUCAGAGAAGUGGGAGAUUAGCCCAAGUGAGCUGACCUUCAUGAAGGAGUUGGGCUGUGGGCAGUUUGGGCAGGUGCGACUGGGCAAAUGGAGAGCUCAGCACAAAGUGGCCAUCAAAACCAUCAGAGAAGGAGCCAUGUACGAGGAGGACUUCAUCGAGGAGGCCAAGGUCAUGAUGAGGCUUUGCCACCCACGGCUGGUGCAGUUAUAUGGCGUGUGUCUGCAGCAGCGCCCCCUGCUGAUUGUGGCUGAGUUUAUGGAGAAUGGAUGUCUGCUGAACUUCCUACGUCAGAGGGGCGGAGCUCUGAAUGAGGCGUGGCUUCUGUCCAUGUGUCAGGACGUGUGUGAGGGCAUGGAGUAUUUAGAGAGGAACUGCUUCAUCCACAGAGACCUGGCGGCAAGGAACUGCUUGGUGAACGAACACAAUGUGGUGAAAGUCAGUGAUUUUGGGAUGGCAAGGUAUGUGUUGGAUAAUCAGUACACCAGCUCCAGUGGGUCCAAGUUCCCGGUGAAGUGGUCUCCUCCAGAGGUUCUCCACUACAGUAAAUACAGCAGCAAGUCAGAUGUGUGGUCGUUCGGAGUGGUGAUGUGGGAGAUCUACUCUGUGGGCCGGACCCCUUUUGACAACCGCUCAAACUCGGAGGUGGUCGAUGAUAUCACAAGAGGAAUCCGACUGUACAGACCGCACAAAGCCUCACACGCGCUCUACAAAGUCAUGUACAUGUGCUGGCACAACAAACCCCUGGAGCGGCCAUCUUUCGCUGAGCUGCUGGAGGAGAUCAAAAAACUGUCAGAAAAUCAGGACGUAGUAGUAGUAUGAAAUCCACAACUAUAAUCAAAACUGUAAAUAAUGUGUAUUUAUAGUGUAAAUACUUUAUCUUUUUUAUGUGACUAUUGUUUUAAAGUUUUGUGUACAGUCUAUUUUAAUUGAUUAAUUUAUAAUAAAGCAUGCAAUAUUGAUUUUCUCAUGUA